CUGGACCAAACCGGGGCUGGCCAGGCCUCCUGACUGGUACCUGAAGGUAGACAUAAAGGGACGGAGGAAGUCAAUGAACUCUGAUUUUCAUGGCUUUCUGAUAUCAGAAUUUCCCUUUUUGCAUACACACGUGUCUUCUCUGGUCCUGUGGAGAUGAAAAUUGACAUCCACACUCAUAUUCUACCAAAGGAAUGGCCUGACCUGGAAAAGAGGUUCGGCUACGGAGGCUGGGUGCAGCUCCAACAGCAAGGCAAGGGAGAAGCGAAGAUGAUGAAGGACGGGAAAGUCUUCAGAGUGGUCCAGCAGAACUGCUGGGACCCGGACGUUCGCAUCAGAGAAAUGAACCAGAAAGGAGUGACAGUGCAAGCUCUUUCCACAGUUCCUGUUAUGUUUAGCUACUGGGCCAAACCUAAGGAUACUUUGGAGCUGUGCCAGUUUUUAAACAAUGACCUAGCUGCCACUGUUGCCAGACACCCUCGAAGGUUUGUGGGUUUGGGGACGUUGCCUAUGCAAGCCCCGGAGCUGGCUGUCGAGGAAAUGGAGCGUUGUGUGAAGAAACUAGGAUUUCCCGGAGUCCAGAUUGGCUCCCACAUCAACAUGUGGGACCUGAAUGACCCGGAACUCUUCCCAGUCUACACCGCGGCCGAGAGGCUGAACUGUUCUCUGUUUGUACAUCCCUGGGAUAUGCAGAUGGAUGGACGGAUGGCCAAAUACUGGCUGCCUUGGCUUGUAGGAAUGCCGUCGGAGACCACCAUGGCCAUCUGCUCCAUGAUCAUGGGUGGGGUGUUCGAGAAGUUCCCCAAACUCAAAGUGUGUUUUGCACAUGGAGGUGGUGCUUUCCCCUUCACCGUAGGAAGAAUCUCCCAUGGAUUCAACAUGCGCCCAGAUCUCUGUGCCCAGGACAAUUCAUCUGACCCCAGGAAAUACCUUGGCUCAUUUUACACAGACUCCCUGGUUCAUGACCCUCGGUCUCUUAAGCUGUUGACAGAUGUUAUAGGAAAGGAUAAGGUCAUUCUGGGAACUGAUUACCCCUUUCCGCUGGGUGAGCAGGAGCCUGGGAAGCUGAUAGCGUCCAUGGAAGAAUUUGAUGAAGAAACAAAGGAUAAACUCACAGCUGGCAAUGCCUUGGCUUUUUUGGGCCUUGAGAGAAGACUAUUUGAAUGACAGAAUUAACCACAGAAAGCAAACUUUGAAGAAGCUAUGCCACUUCUGUCUUUGAAUAUGAAUUGCACAUGUCACUAAAAUCCUACUUUGAAUUAUGUUACCCAAAAGGUGGAAUAUCCUCCUCAGGAUGAAGCAGGAGGGUCGGGAAUUCAAGUUCCAGGCCAGCCUGGGCUUUUUGAAACUGUCUAGAGAAAAGGGUAGGGGUGAUAUUCCCAAAUACUCUACCUUAAUCACCAGGUGUUUCGUAGGGUCUUUGUUCUGAAACGUAACUGAAAAGCACUGAAAAGCAGUACACCACUACAUAUGCAAAUCAAAACUACUUAAUUUGGAAGAGAUUAAAACUCUAUGUAUAAUUAAUGAUCUAAACAGAGGAAAUUUAACACCAGCCUUAUUCUAGAAGGCUCAAGUAGGUUCUCUAUUGCAAUCAAAGAUGUGGGAAUUAUACCCAAAUAGUACGUUUUUUUUGUUUUUUUUUUUUUUUAGUUGUAACACUUUCCACUAACCUAGUCAUUCAUGUUUUUAUCUAUGUAAAGUACACACAGGAUAUGCACAGGCUCAAAGCUUCCAAAAGCCAGUUUAAAAAACAAGGCAAAUGCUCACCAAGUAACUGCUCAGUGAUCCAACACAAAGCUUAAAGACACUUCAGUAAAAAUUCAUUUUAGGCCCCACAGCUGAGCAGAUCUUAGAACUUGGACUGAGUCUGGCAGGAUGAACGGACACUACUUAAAAAUUAAAAGAUGAGCCAGGUGCAGUGACGCACGCCUGUGAUACCACCACUCAGGGAGGCAGAUGCAGGCAGAUCUAUGCAAGUUCAAGGCCAGCCUGGUCUACCAAGCAAGCAAGUCCAGGACAGCCAAGGCUGCACAGAGAAACCCUGUCUCAAAAAACAAAAACAAACAAACAAACAAAAAGUGCUGGGCCAGGCAUGGUGGUACAUGCCUCUCACCCCAGCACUCAGAAGGCAGAAGCAGGCUAUGGCUCUCUGUUUGAUGCCAACUUGGUUCGUAUAGCAAGCUCUAGGCCAGCCAGCCACAGACUACAGACACAGUUGAGACCCUGUCUUGUAAAUAAAUAAACAGAUGUAAGGUAGACCAGGAUAAAAAAUAUGGGAUCACAGGUGUGACUUCAGAGCAGGUGAGACUUGUUCUAAAGGGAAUUUCAUCUCUAAGAUGGAAGCAUAGAGUCGGCUCCCAGGUGAGUGAGUAAUACCACGACUCCCCUGUUCUGGGCCUUCCCCUUCUCCCUGAGUUGAUGCAAAGGGCCUGGGGCCGGGGAUGAGGAGGCAGGCAGUGUCUGAACUUCACAUGCCUCUGGCUGGAUUAGACAAACCUUCCACCCCACGCUCUUAACUCUGGACUGUUCAUACUCCUCCUCUUUCCACUGUACUACAAACCCAGGCUCACUGUUAACACGUAGCGUCUGCUGGCCGUCAGCAGAGAAGAAGAGCAAACCACCCCACAGUUGCCGCUCUGUUACUUCUACCAUCUGUGCUUCAAUACUCCAUCUCCUUCUGUUCCUCUUGUUGCUUUCUAGAGUUUUGCCCAACUCUCACUCUAUUUACUGCUCCAAUGUGUCUUGAAAGGAAAAUAAAGUUGAACAAAGCAACACUUGGAAGCAUA